AUGGCCGCCGCAAUCAAAGCCCUCAAUGCGAAGAUCCGCUCAAACAAGUACACCGACUACGUGUGCUCGACCCAUUUCUGGGGCCCUGUUAGCAACUUCGGUAUCCCGAUUGCUGCUAUCGCGGAUAUGAGCAAAGACCCGGAGAUUAUCUCAGGCCGCAUGACCGGCGCCCUAACCCUCUACUCCGCGACUUUCAUGCGCUACGCGCUCGCCGUCUCGCCCGCGAAUUAUUUGUUGUUCGGAUGCCAUGCAAUUAACCUCAGUUCCCAGCUUGUUCAGGGGUACCGGUACCUCAACUACUUCCACUUUGGCGGGAAAGACGCGAAGGCGCUUGCUGGCGAGGUUGGGGGGAAGGUGGAGAGCAUUGCGGAUAAGGCCAAGGCUGCUGUGUCGAAGUAG